AUGUCUGAUGAUACAGCAGAAAUAAUGACUAGUUAUACAGAAGAAAUAAGUGGUUUUCAAUUCUUCGGUAGCUAUACAGGUAGAGAUGGGACAAUUCUAUUAAGACUGGUUCGAAAAAGUAACAAAAUAGCAUGUGACUACCCAGACGAACCGCAGAUGCAUUUUCGAGUUGUUCACCCAACUUGGAAAGUCGAUAAAAUAGACUUGUCAUUGAAGAGCUUGAAUAUUUCAAUUACAAAUUUUUGUCCUACAGACUAUAUAUUAAUUUAUCUUUUGGAGCCAGAAGCUAUACUAUUCACAUAUUUUGAUUUUAAAACUAAAAAUCCCUUUUCAACUAAAACUUAUAAUGAAAUCGGUGUUAUUAUUUCAUACGCUGGCGAAAUUUUGACCCAAUUUCCUAUGGGAGAAUCAACAUUGAACAGAGACAUUGCAGUAAGUGGCAAAUACAAUGGAGGUUUCUUACGAGUUUUUAUGUGGCCAGCAAAUCAAACAAUAGCUUGGACAAGAGUUUCUACCAUAAUUGAGAAAAGAGAAUUUAACGUGCGGAAAGGUAUAUUUUAUACGCCAAAACCUAAAGAAAGUAUUCAAAGUUUUACUAUUAUUCCAAAAUUGGAUGGAGAAUUUGGAUGUGCUAUUACAACCUUCAAUAAUGAAGCACUAGAUGCAAUAAGUUCAAAUACGACUAAUGUAACAACUGCUGAAGCGAUUUACUACUUUAGUUUAACAGUUUGGAAAGUAUAUGUGACGUUUUUGCUUGUAGAUUCAGAUCAACCAACCAAUUUGUUUACCCUUUAUGAAACUUCAACAAUUUGGCGCGGGUUCUCAGCGGAUUCAUGUAGUGUACAAUAUUUUGACUCAGAAUUAGUAUGCUUUUUAGUACCAAUUUACAGAGACAUUCCAUUCUAUGGUUUUUAUGUUCGUUUUACUUCCGAAGGAGCAGUUAAUUCAACUCGGGCUAUUUGGUUUCACAAUAUAACUGACUGGAAAUUUGAGGCUUUUACGGCUUCGUUUUCAGGAGGUUUCCGUGUACAUGGAAUGCAAAACGACAUAGCAGUAAUAGAUAUCUAUAAUAUUUCGGGGGAAUAUAAUAAUACUCUAAAAAUUUCUGCUCAUUACACUAUGUAUCCAAACAAUAAUUGUCUAUGGUUCAUCAAAUCAAACGGUCCGCAAGAAUGGCAUAUAAAGACAUUAAAAUUCCCAAACUUUAUACAAUACGAUGAAAGAUUUCAGAAUCCCGAUAUCAAUACGACAGUCCCUGAUAUAGGCCAAACAAUAUCUUUGCGGACAAGAAGUCUAACAAUAACAUAUAAUUCAAAAGUCAAUUUAAGUACCGGAAACGUCUCCAUUUAUAAAUAUGACUCGGAUCUUCUACGACAAGAAACUUUUGCGUUAGGGAAUAUUGCUCAGUACGAUCCACUCGUUGGAUAUACAAACGUUACAAUUGAUGUUUUUAAGAGUACUUUCAAUCAACCAGAUACAGAGUAUUAUGUAAUGGUGAAUACAGGCUUUGUCGAGCGUCCUGGGAACCAUGAGGCGAUAUAUGGAAUUGAGAGAAAUAUCUGGCAUUUCAAAACGGAGUCCAAUUUUAAAGAUACGCAUGCAGAUACUGCAAGUGGGUUGUUACGUUUAUCAGUUAAUGGUACAAAUGACUUUGAAACAGCAUAUUAUUCAUCGGGAGGUGUUAUUAUUGAGGAUUUGGCAAAACAAAUUGCAGAAAUCAUUCCAGUUUCAAGUUCACGUAUAACAAUAAGCAAUAAAUAUCAAUAUGACCCAAAUUCACAUCCUUCGCAAAUUUUGUUACGUAUGAGUAUUGGGCAAGCAGUCGCUCUUAAUGAAUCAGAUAUUCCAGAUGUAAUUGAAGAUUUUCAGGAAUUAUUAGAAUAUUCACAAUUUAAUGGGCUUUCUCGGCAGACUUAUACUUCCUGGCUUGAUAAUACUUACAAGUUUGUGCCAACUGAUGAUUUUUGGAAUAGAUACAAAAUCGCUAUUUUUGUUGUAUGCGCCGCAUUUAUCUUGUUGAUAUCCCUUUAUUUAUUUGCUCGCUAUAAGAACAGAGAAGCAAACAAUUUUGUAAUUUUAAAUUUGGUGAUAAUUUUACAAGACUUUGUAUUUGACGUGUUAUUUGUAGUACAAAACGGACGUGAUUUCGAAGUACUUUUUAUACCAAGUGUUUUAACUCUGAUCGUGCCUAUAUUCUUAAAUGGCACAGCCGCCUUGUUUAUACUAUUAUCAGAAAAUUCACGAGAAGAUAAAUUCAAUGAUUGGUUUCGGAAAUUCCCACAAAUAGCUUCGAUAUUUACAAUAUUUGCAUGUGCAGAUGUUGAAUUUCUCUCAGUUUUAUCUUCACAAAUUUUUGGACUCGAUAUUUUUUCAGCUGUUUUUUCAGAACGAGCAGAAAAUUUUAUUUUCUGGGCCAGUUGUAUUAAUAUACUAAUUGAAGAUUUACCUCAGUUUAUUAUUCGUCUUAUUUAUUGGAGACAAAAUAUCACCUAUGAUAUCUUGCCAAAUAUAGCUUUAGUCUCAGGCGCGGUCGGUUUACUUGCUGCUGUUCUUGGACGGAUGUAUCAAAUAACCGUUCGAUGUGCUCCACGAAAAUAUCAGAGGACAAGCAACCCAGGAACUACAGAUGGAUAA